CGCGACUGUCAUCGCGUCUCUUCGGACUUCCUCCCGCUUUCCACAUCACUUCACCUCGCCCACCAACUCAGGUUCCAGACUCCGGUCCUUCGGCGCCAUGGGCCUACGAUAUAACCUCGCUUUCUGAUUUGUGCCCUGACCAUAAAACUUGCUCUAUCUUGGACUUUUUUGGUCAUUCAGUAGCGCAUCCACCCAUCGGCCCCAGCGCCGUGGCCAUUGAUUGUUUUUGUUUACUUUAUCCUUAUUUUGGUCAAAUACAACGCCUCAACAAUGCCUCUCAAAAAGUCAUAUUCAGACGCCUAUGCUCAACCUCCCAAGCGCGGAGGAUGGCAGAGGACAAGAAGCAAUCCUGCCGCCAACAACACCACCAACAAAGGGCCUCUACAAUCGCUAGCCCCCGUCUCGGAAUCUACCAAGAAUAAGCUCCAGGCCUUCCGAUCCGACGACACAUCUUCCAAACCACCAAAGUCUGCAAAGCCCGCAAAGGCUGCCGCCGACGAACUCCAAAAAGAAAACAUCAACACCACCAAGUCGAUCCCAAGGAAGAGACCAUCACCAGAUUCAAACGACGAGGAAUCUAGCGACGCCAAAACUCCCGCAGAUCGCCAUUCAUGGAAAGACCUGUUUGGUGUACCUGAAGCCACCACCGAAGAGGAAGAUGGAGAAAAAUCGCCCGGUGACAGGGUCGACUGGAAGUCCGGAGUGCCUCUACAAUUACCCGCUUCGCCAAUGAUCCCCAAGAAUGGCAAAAGACGCGCAAAAAGUUCUUCGCCUGCUUCAUCACCGGCUGCCAAGUUGACCACUCCACAUGUCGCUCUCAAGAAGAUUGCCGGCGCUUCCAAGACACCCCAUGCAGAUCCUGCCUCUGACUUGUGGAGUCGUUUCUCUUCUAAUGGAAAUGAUACGAGUCCCUCAAGUCAUAAGAACCCCCUCUUCGCCCAGCUUAUGGCAUCUUCCUCACCUCGUCCGCAAUCAGGCGAUCGAUCAUUGAGGAAGUCCGUCAGUUGCGGUUCCGCCUGGCCCAAGCGGCGUCGUACCGUUUGCCCAGAUGAAGAAGACAGGACCGUUUCCCAGAACACUCCCAGAAAGAAGAAGUCGAGCCUCCUUUCAGAACUACUACAAUCCGUUGAUGGCGAGAUCGAGAGCCCCAAAACGACGACCAAUGCCCCAGCACAGCAAAAGAAGUCACCGUCUCCCAAGAAGAAGUCGCCAUCAAAACGAAAGACAGCACCCCAGACCGUUCCUGACCAGAACUCCUCUCCCUCAAGGAAAAAGGCCGAGCGUCAAACUACCGAGGCUGCUGCCUCAAAUCUACCAGAGAAGGCGUCUUCGGACUACGGUGAUGACGACUUUGACUUUGACGAGGACACGCUCCUGGAACUGGACGCGAGUUUCCUUGGUCGAGGUGACGGCAGCACUCUCAUAGCAAGCGACGCUGUCUCGCCAGCUCCACGCGAAUCGUCAAAGACAGUAGUCGAUAAUGACGAAUUUGGUGAUCUCGAUGACGAUAUCUUUGAUGGGGUAGAAGACCUGGUUGCUCAAGUCGAGUCUGCGACACAGCAACCUGCUGUGAGGUUGUCACCCAGAAAGAGACUGUCCCCUAAGAAGAGACUAUCGCCUAGGAAGAGGCAGUCACCCAAGAAAUUGCCCCAGCAGGUCGUGGGCGAUGAGGAUGACGAGUUCGGUGAUGAUUUCGGUAAUGAUUUUGACUUUGAUGCGGUUGAAAUGGCUGCGACACAGCAUGCCGGCCAUGCGCAAGAUGCUUCUUCACAUGUAUGUUUAUGAAAGUGAGCUUGUUGAUCCAAAAGAGAUGGAAGUGCGUAUGCUAAGACAUUCAUAUUAGCCUAGUCAAAAACCUAGAGCCAU